AUGGACGUCGUCCUCCCCCAGCGACUGGCCGGCGCCGAUCUCCGAACAAGCGAGUCUUUUGACUGCGAGGAAGCCUUUGGUCACGGCCCUUUUCAGACAAGGAUGCUCGUUCUCGUUCUUCUAGGACUCUUCUCGGCUAAUUGCCAAACCGUGGUGAUCACCCUUGUCACCGGUGACAUCGACCAUUGGUGCAAGCCGCUCGCCGGUUUAAACAUCUCUGCAGCCGAUUGGAAGAAUAUUGCCAUACCGAUCGAGGCCGAUGGACGCUUCAGCCGCUGCCGUAUUUACGAACGCUGCAAGCCACCUGCUGACCACGGCGAUUCCGCUGAGCAUCGCAAGAGCGCCGCUGUACUAACCGGGGCUGACGAGUGGUACAAACGCUGCUUCCAAAACACCAGCGACCAACGCGACGCGCCCUGUGAAGAGUGGGACUACGACGUUCGGACGGCCGUGGCCAGUGCGGUGAGCUCUUGGAACAUGGUGUGCGACGAACGCUUGCUUCCGGCCACACUUGUCGCCCUGCAGAACGCUGGCGCCGUUGUUUCCCUCGUCCUAGCCGGAGCCUUCGUUGACUACGUCGGAAGGAGAGCCAUGCUGCUGUCCUCCGCCGCAGCGGCAGCGACCUGCACGGUGUGCACCAUCGCGGCCACAAAUUACGUAGGCUACGCUGUAGUGCGCUUCCUUACUGGGGCCAGUGUCGCGAUAAACACCAUGUUUGCCUCCAUCAUACCGUUCGAGGUGAUGACGCACGGGCACAGGCCGCAGCAAAUGCUCCUCCUGUCGGUUCUUGGCAUCACGUUAUGUGAGGUUUGGAGUGUCAUCAUCAAACCGGUGGUCAUCGACUGGCGUCUCAAGCAGGUUGUGUUCCUGGCCCCGACGGCUCUCCUGCUCCCAGCUUUGACUACCGCCCGAGAGUCGCCCCGAUGGCUCGUCGCGAAAGGAAGAAUAGACGCGGCCGAAGCAGUCAUGAUGCAGGCGGCCAAAACCAACAAUGUCCCACUUCCUUUCACGGCCUGUCUCGUGGACAAGCUGAGAGAACAGAUCAAGAACCACGCAAGUCGCGAAGGUGCGCACACGGAAUACUUGGUCGACUAUCGCUCCCUCCGGCGUCGAGCGUUGGCCAUGUUUGCCGUUUGCUUCUCCAUAUCUUUUGUUUUUUACCUCAACGCCUUCUCAACGGCGCAGUAUAACGAAUUUUGGAUCCCGUGCCUCACAGUUGUCAUCACACUGGCGGCGUACGCGGGGAUGCACUUCCUGAUCACCGGCGUCGCACUCGUCAGAGUGCUCAGCGUGUGCUUCCUGUUGACGGGUACCAUUCAAUGCUCGCUGAGUGUGGCGGUGGGCGGUGGAUACGUCAUGAUCAGCAAGACAUUACUCGUGCUGUCCAAGGGCGUCUCUACCGUAAUCCUUGUGCACUGUUUCACCUACGUCCUGGAACUCUUUCCAUCGGCAGUGCGAGCCGGUGUCUUCUGCUGGGCGUUUGCCUUCGGGCGUGUCGCGACCGUGUGCGCGGCAAUGACCCUCGUCCUGAAGCCAGCCGGACACGAAGACCUGAUGUUCGCCAUUGCGGGACUUUUCCUCUUCGUCUCCCUUCUCGUCAUCCGCGUCCUGCCACGCACGACAGUGGUGGAAGAAGCACGAAUCGUGGCAAGGAGCACUUCAGACUACUCCAGGAUGUCCAUGGAUCACAUGAAACGAACCCUCGUACAGGGGAUAUUACCCAAGAAGUGCAAGACCGGAAGCCUGGAGAGCUCCAAGUCAUCCAGCAGGAAGAGUGGGAGGACUGCUGGUAGCAAAAGUCCUGGCAUUUUUAAUGUGUCUCGUCGAUUUCAAACCAAGCCAAUGCUGGAGUGA